UGACAAUAAAUAAAGAACUAGAAUAACGGAAUCGGCCUUGUUUUUCUUUGUUGUGAAACCAAACGGAAAAUAGUUGCAUCUCACUCACAUACAUCUCUCCCCUCUCCUCCAUUUUGGGGAGGAAAAAAGAUCGUGACGUCAGCAGGCUUUAUCGCCUCAAUGCCAAUGAGAAAAGCAGAGAGAGAGAGAGCGAUUGAGAUUGCUAGUGCGUGAGACCACAAGGAAAAAAAAGACAUUCCUGUCUAAAGACACACCUCUUUGCCGUAUCCCCCUAAAGACUCUCCUGCAGACCGGUCAGUGCAUGUCCUCUUUCCCAAAGAGCAUGAAUUCUUUGUUUGGGUCGCUCGCUUCCUCAGACGGGUUUGGGGCUGACGGGCUCAUCUUUGAGCACGCCAGCCUAGAUUUCUUUUCGCCGGGCGCCGGGGGGGUCGAGUUAGAGUCUCUGCAGCAAAAUCUUAACUUCAACAACAUCAAUAUAAACGCCGCCGCCAUCAACCACUGCAACGGACCUGGUUUCCAACCGGCCAUGGCCCUGAGAAACGACCUGGGAUCCAACAUCAGCGUCCUGAAGACCUUGAAUCUGCGGUUCCGCUGCUUCCUGGCGAAGGUCCACGAACUGGAGCGGCGUAAUAAGAUCCUGGAGAAACAGCUGCAGCAGGCGCUGGACGACAACAGAGGCAAGCAGAGGAAACCGCUGACCCGGGAUCAAGGGAUCCAGACUGGCUUCGUCGGGCCCGUCCAGGGCCGAACCGGCUUUGUAUCGUCCAGCUCGGCCGCCAGUAACACCAGUCAAGGUACUGGGGGAUACCGUAUUGGGACUAGUACUUUGUUCACCCCUGCGCUGACGUCAGUCCUAGCGCUAGAUUCGAAUUGCGCUCAGGUCAACAACAGUUCCAAUGGCUCGACUCAAACCGGCAGCGGCUCCAAUUCGCCUCGUUUUAUGCCGGGGACUAUCUGGUCUUACAACCACACCCGAAAACUUGGCGCCGGUUUGGAGGCCCGCUAUACCGGGCCCGGUGUCUCCUGGGUCCACCCGGACGGAGUCGGGGUUCAGAUCGACACCAUCACUCCUGAGAUACGAGCGCUUUACAACGUGCUGGCAAAGGUGAAACGAGAGAGGGACGAAUACAAACGCAGAUGGGAGGAAGAGUACACACUGAGGGUGCAAAUGCAAGAGAGAGUCAACGAGCUACAGGAGGAUGCUCAGGAGUCGGAAGCCUGUCAGGAGGAACUGGCUUUCAAAGUGCAGCAGCUGAAAUCUGAGCUGGUCCUGUUCAAGGGGCUAAUGAGCAAUAACAUGUCAGAACUGGACUCCAAGAUCCAGGAGAAGGCAAUGAAGGUGGACAUGGACAUCUGCCGGCGCAUCGACAUCACGGCCAAGCUGUGUGACGUGGCGCAGCAGAGGAACGGCGAAGACAUGAUCAAGAUGUUCCAGUAUUCACUGCACUUGUCUCCUUUCAAGGUGGCCCCUUCCCCCUCUGGAAUGGGCCGUCGCCCUGCAAGAGACAGGAAGCAGCAAGCCCCUGGCGAUGAGGAGCCAGUCAGUGUGUCUGAGAGUGAGGUGGGCGGGGCCAGGGAUGAGGAGGACAGCAGCACGGCCAAUCAGAUCAAUGAGGAGAUGCAGAGGAUGCUCAAUCAGCUGAGGGAGUGUGAUUUCGAGGAGGACUGCGACAGCCUCACCUGGGAGGAGACUGAGGAGACACUGCUGCUCUGGGAGGAUUUCUCCGGCUACGCCAUGGCAGCCGUCGAGGCACAGGGAGAGGAGGAGAACCUGGAGAAAGUAAUCCGAGACACAGAGUCCAUGUUCAAGUCUCGGGAGCUCGAGUAUCAGGAGACCAUCGGGCAGAUUGAGCUGGAACUCGCCACGGCAAAGAACGACAUGAACCGGCACCUGCACGAGUACAUGGAGAUGUGCAGCAUGAAGAGGGGGCUGGAUGUGCAGAUGGAGACCUGCAGGAGACUCAUCACACAGUCCGGAGACAGGAAGUCCCCUACUCCAUUCGCAGACCCAGGAGCGAGCGAGGAGAGUGAGGAUUCAGAGAAGGAGAGACCACCUGAAAACGAAGAGAAGAGAUAGGAGAGAGAGAGAGGAAUUAGGGAGAGGAGAGAUGAGAGAUCAUCUCCCUCCCCUAACAGUGAAGAGAGGGAUGAGAGAGUGCCAGAGGAAAUAGUAGGGAGAAGUAGAUAGAUUAUAAAGGGAGAGAAAGAGAGGGGGUGUGAGAUGGA